CAGGCAUAUGGGUUGUGUGGUGGUUAAGACUGGAGUCAGAAGCCUUGGUGACGUACAUAACUUGCCCGUGGUGCUGUGUUGCAGGUGCUGCCUCAGCACAAGACUUGUGUGACGAAUGUGUGGAGCAGUGAGUGAGGAGUGCGAUGCUGUAGUAGUACUGGGUAAAUGUGAAGCAGUUAUCGAACAAAUGCAGGCAGCAGACGAGAGGAGCUGAGGAAGUGAAGCUCAUAUCUCAGCGAGCGACAUCUCUUGACGGAGGAAGAAUGGUGAAGACAGCAAUGCAUUGUUACGAGUAUCUGGGAUUAAAAUUGUUGCUAAUUGCUGCCGUGUCACUCUUCAUCAUGACGCUGGAUGGCGCUGGCGUGCAGAUGGCUUGCUGCGUGUGCGUGUGCGCCCGCUCAGUGCUGGUGGAGAGGUGGCCGAGUAAGGCUGGGUGCAGAAUGUUCCUGCUGCACGUCCAGAGCCAGAACUUGAUACCAGUCGCCGUGCCGUUUAGAAGAUGCACACAGAUCUGGCCCGGACGAGCUAAGCGCCAUGUUGCUGGCCGAUGCUGAGAGCUGCUACAGUGAGGAGAUGGCGCCCGCCUCUCAGUCUGUCACGCCUUCCCUGUCUCCUUCGCCGCCGCCUCCACUGCCGCCCCAAGCCAGCACAGCAGCGCGCUGGACAGACCUGGUGCCGCCCCACUGCCAGCGAUGCCACCUAUACACCGGGUCUGGCAACAAGGAUGAUGAAGAGUCAUGUCCGGUGAUCUGUGAGCGCGAGAUGCACAGUUUGCAUCGCAACGUGCCGGCCCUCAGACGCAGGGAUGUGGACACAUCCACCAUCCGACAGCAUUACUACCCAGAGGGUGGCUGGGGCUGGAUUGUGUGCGGCGUGGGCUUCCUGGUACACUUGCUGACCUCAGGGCUGCAGCUAAGCUUCGGUCUCCUGUACCUGUACACGCUGCACCAUCUGAGGGACGCAAGCCCCAUGGACGCAGCGUGGCUUGGGGCUCUGUGCCUUGCCGUCUCCAUGCUGACAGCCCCACUGGUCGUGGCCUUGUGCCGCCGAAAGUCGACGCGUCUCACCGCUGUCUUCGGAGGCCUCGUGAUGGCUCUAGCGUGUCUCUUCACAUCCUUCGCGCAGCAGUUGCACCAGGUGGUGCUCAGUUACGGCGUGGUGCUAGGAGUGGGCACCGGCCUGGUGCGCGAAACGUCCAGCCUCAUGCUGGGUCACUACUUCAAGCGACGCCGCGAGUUUGUGGAGAUGGUGGUGCAGGCAGGCGCUGGCGUCGGCAUAGCACUGUUCUCCGUGUUGUACAAGGAGGCCGUGGGGAAGCUGGGAUGGCGCCUCGGCCUGCAGGCGGUGACGGGCGUCCUGGCACUUGGUUUCUUCCUGGGCGUUCUGUACCGCUCGGCCUCGCUUUAUCAUCCACAGCGCCGCGCAAUCCUGCAUCUCAAGAAUCAGCGCAAGAAAGUGAAGGAGAAGAAAGACAGCGUCGGUGCGCCUCGCAAGCCACCGUUCCUUGACUUUUCGCCGCUACGGAUACGCGCGGUGCAGAUGCUGCUGCUGGCGUCGUCCACGGCGGCGCUCGGUCUCUACACGCCUGUGUUCUACCUGGCGCUGCAGGGAUACAAGGAGGGCCUGGAAGACAGCGCCCUGGUGCUCAUGCAGACGUUCAUGGGCUUUGCGACGGCUCUGGGCUGCGUGGGCUUCGGUCUGGUCGUAGUGAGGCCUAGCGACCAGUGCCUCAUCUCCAGACAGUACCUGUGCCAGGCCGCUAUGGUGGGCGUCGGCGUGUCUCUGCUCGCAUUGAGCACUGUGCAAGGUUACCAUGGCUACGUGCUGUUCGUCUGGCUGUAUGGAGUGUGUCUGGGUGGCUUCCUGUAUUCUCUUAAGAUGUUCACAAUGGAACGCGUGAGGGCGAGGUACUUCACCCGCACCUGGGGGUUCGUGCAGGGCGCGGAAGCCAUUCCCGUGCUGCUGGGCGUACCAAUCACAGGAUACAUCAACCAGAGCCAUCCGAAGGCUGGUUACUACUUCUCAUUCUUGUCCACGAUGCUCGGCGCGGCGCUGCUGUUUCUCGUGGGUUUCCCGAAGCGCCACCGGACGCCUACAGACGUCGCGCCCUGCUCCUGCUCCUCGGCGUCGCCCGCGAGGCCUCCAUUACCCAAAAGCAUUUCUUUCGCCACGACGCUCGAUCUGCCUCUGGGAUGCAUCUCAGGAGAGGUUCUGCCUGACAGCCUGAUGCUGGGCUACGACUUCCGGCCGCUACGCCCCAGCAAGAGCGUACCAGAGGGCCUCGCCACGCGUCACGAGUGGCUCCAGUAUCGCCGCCCCGCCGUGAGACAAGUGACGGUCAUUGAGCAAAUGACCACGUCAGUGUGACAUCAAUACAGUGUAUUGUUUUAAAAAUUAGAAAAUAUACGUACACGAGUUUUGAA